GGUUUAGUACUAAAAACGCUCGUGAAUUUCACAACAUUGAAUGUUUUCCCUCCAAUUUCUAUGAUUUUUCUCAAUUUUUCAGCUUUUCACAUCAUUUUCCACCCCCAAAAGUGCCCUUAAAUUGCCAAAAGAGGGAUGAAAGGAAGAAUCCACGUGAAACCUCUUGCUGUGCUUCAGGAGCCAGAUUUGAGUGGCAAUCAGGACACUGUGGCACCAGGUGAUCUUGAGGACAAUGUGAUUGUCCUGUCGUCAGAUGGUGAGGAUGUGACAGAGUCAACUGUGCCACCGUUGAGCUUGAGGAGGCGCAAGAGACGAAAAGAAGUGCUGCUGAAGAUUGAGGAAGAAGAUUCUGUGGCGCAACUCAAUGAAUCCCAGCCACAAUCCGGCAGGAAGUCCAGGAAGCAACAGCAGCUGAAGAGCAUAGCUUCCAAGUGCUACAGAAUACAGGAUUUCUUCAGUCCUGCAGCGAAGGAUGAGGUGAAAUGCCAAGAAGUCGUCCAGAAGAUGAUUGUUGACGAAGAAGUUCAACAGCCGAAGGAGAUGAAAGAAAACAGAGAUGAUGACGCAACACUGCGUCAAUUCUCCUCCACAAGAGCCCGAAAUCCCGUCACGAACAUCUUCGUGAGGCGAACAUUGGGCAGGAGCACAAAUCUUAAGAUGAUCGGGAAGAAAUACUUCACGGACAAGCAGAAACGCAUCCAAAACUACUUUGCUGUCCAUCGAGGAUCGACUUUUCGGUCGUAUUAUGAGACAUUUCGCGAAUCUCUCUUCCCGGUGAUGAUUUCCGGUGACAUCAAUGUCAACAACUUCCUGUCCAAGCUGCUGGAAAUCACGGCGACGGCUGAGCAGGAAUUGCUGUUCAACUUCAGUCUGCAGAAGGAUCAAAUCGUGGUGCGUCCGAAGAAAGGCUGUUGUUUCGCCGACGAGGCACAGCUGAUGGACUUGCUGGAGCGGACAAUCAAGCAGGAGGGCGACGUGGAAGUGAAUCCCGAGUGCCAGACAAUCAACAGAGUCUCGACGAGCGGAGAUUCCGGCAUCACUGAACCGCCGGAGAAUCAUCCGCCGGAGAAUCAUCCGCCGGCGAUCAAGGAAGAGCAGCCAAAGAAGAAGCCGCGCCGCGGAAGGAAAGUCGUCUGUCCGCCGUUCAAGAUCGUGAAAGGCACGACGUUCGCCGUGGACGCUUUUCGCUACGGGAUCGUGGACAGAGUCACGCACUACUUCCUCACGCACUUCCACGCCGAUCACUACGUCGGACUGCGCAAGUCCUUCGACCGCCCAAUUUACCUCACGGCCGUCACGGCGAAUCUCGUGCGUGCGUUCAUCGGCGUGCACGAGCGACAUCUGCACGAGAUGGAGCUCAACACGCCGAUCACGAUUGACGGUGUCGAAGUCACGGCCAUCGACGCUAAUCAUUGUCCUGGAGCCGCGAUGUUCUUCUUCAAACUGCCCAGCGGCGAAACUGUUCUGCACACGGGCGACUUCAGGGCGUCUUAUGCCAUGGAAAUGCACCCAAUCUUCUGGAAUAACGACGUCGACACCAUUUAUCUCGACACAACCUACUUGUCCUCGCGGACGGUGUUGCCGAGUCAGGAGGAGAGCAUCCAGAGUGCCGUCGAGGCCACGCAGACUUUCCUCACGCGCAACAUCGGCGAGAAGACGCUGGUGAUCGUGGGCACUUAUGUGGUGGGCAAGGAGAAUGUGUGGCGCACGCUGGCCACACACUUCCGCCUGCGCGUGUGGCUGGAGGCGCAGCGGCGGCGCGCCGUGGAGGCGCUUGGCGACGCCGACUUGCUGCGGCUGCUGUGCGAGGAUCCGCGCGACGCGCAGCUUCACGUGCUGCCGCUGGCGCAGCUCAACUACGACUACGUGGUGAAGUAUGUGUCGCAGUUCGAGCACGAGUUCACGCACGCGCUGGCGCUGCGUCCGAGCGGCUGGGAGGUGAACUCGCGGCCACGCCAUCAGGGCAGAGUGUCGCUGGUAGGCGUGACGUACAGCGAGCACUCGAGUUACGUCGAGUUGCGGCGCUUCGUGCGCUUCCUGCGGCCGCGCGAAGUGAUUCCCACGGUGAAUCCCGGCGGCGACAGAGUGCCGGCCAAGUGGCUCAGCCGUGGUGUUGAGCCGUGGCGCGAAGGACAGCAGAGUGCCAUCACGAACUUCUUCCCAAUCAAGCAGAAAACCGCGCGGCGACGCCAAGAGUUCGACGGCGAGGCGAAUCUGACGCAAUUCAGCGUCGCCGCACAAUGUGAUCCGGCGGACUUGGCGGCCACCGACUGGACAUUGUGACUCUGCAAUUGCGCCAAAAUUUAUAUUCCUGAAUAAACCAAAAUUUACCAAAAAACAUCCGUUUUUCCAAGGGUUGCUCAAGUGAUGAAUGGACGAAUCAUUUCAGUCGGAAUAUUUUGAGAAUAUCUAAGAAUGGAAUGGAAAAUAAAAACAUUUCGACGGGUAAAUGGAAAACUAUGACAAGCAAGGGGCAAAUAA